AUGUCGGCGCGAAUCACUUACCUCGGACGAAAAGUUGCAGAAAACGACGGAGACGAUGCCGCGUCACGUGUGGAAAACAUCAUGGCUAUAUAUAAAAUUGUUGAGAUCGGACGGACCUUGGUCGGGUGCUUACGAAUUGAGCCAGCCCGGUGCGAGGUCACCGCUGCCAGUGUGUGCGUGCCGUGCGACGUAGUAACGAGAAGCGCCCGCGGUAUCAGGGGCGCCCUCCACGCGACCCUGAUCGCCUUCGACAAGCAGUGGAACCUGGCCCUGGCUGACGUUCUAGAGGUGUGGACUAAGAAGGCACCGAGGAAAAGGAAAAUACCGCCUGCUUUGGGUACACCUGUUCCCAAAGGUACCGCGGCGACAAUAUCCCACGUCCCCACAGUAACGGAGACCCCUCUGGGGAAGGGUGUAUGGGAGUGCACGCGCCACAUCUCGCAGCUCAUGGUCCGCGGUGAACACGUGGUGCUGCUGAACAUAGUGGAACGG